AUGAGUUCUCAACGUUACUACUCACUCGGUGUGCCUGGAGCCCGUGCUUGGGAGAUGGAGGAACAUGAGUCCGAGUACCGACCGCAAGGGCUCACCACGGAAGUCUCCUCAGUUAGCCUUCUCUCUGACCACGAGUUCACCUCAGAAUACGAUCUCCAACAGAACCUUGAAAGUGCUCAACAUCAACACAAUGGCAAUGCCAACUCAUACCCGCGGAAUGCGAGCGUCAACGGCUACCCGCAGAAUUUUGGCGCGGGUGCAAUUGUUCACCCGUCCGAAGUCUAUAUGCAAAACCACGCAGCCAGUCUCACCUCAGAACAUAUAGAUGUUGCGGAUGCCAAUGCUUCACCAGAAGCGGACCUCGGUUCACUCGGUCAACCUCUUCGCCGCUUCUACUUUCGCACGAUAGUCGGCAUCCUUGGACCGGUGAUGGUAGUAUGUUAUCUCAUCACCAUCUGGCGCAUCUACCUCGCCCCACUCCACCCCGACUCGACAGUAGCGUUCGGACCGCAGGGUGCCAAAUGGGUCUUCUACAGUUGGUUCGUCGCCGGAGUGAUUGGUCUGAGCUUAAGUCUCUACGGACUGGCUGGUGCCGAGGCUGGCAUGCUCAUGGAGCGAAAUUGGAGGGUUCAAGACGCCAUGCGUCUUAUGUUGCAUGCUGACAAUACAUGGUCUGGCCCCGGUGGCUGGAUGAAAGCAUUCAAAUGGGCUGUGCAAAUGCGUAGGCUGCUACCUCCACCUCGUCUCCUGAACCGAGCACAGCUCCGACUUCAGACUGCACAGGAUGCGCCCUUGUCAAUGAUGGUAAAGAAGUCAAGCUCAGCAAAAAUCGAUGGCGUGCGCUCUACUUACUCCAACUUCCAACGAAGCGACACCCCGGUGCCUACUCUAAAGAACAAGUGUGCGAAACGUUUUGGCGCAGAGACACUUGCGUGUACACUCAACAUCAACGACGACGGUUGGUUGAAGUGGCUGUUUGACUCAAUAGGCCUACCGUCACCACUUGGCACAACAACAGGAAAUACGGAAAUUAUGGUUGGCAACCUGAUAGUUGACACUCAGGUGGAAUAUCUACAAGCCGACCAACUUCGACAGGCUCUUCUGCAAGCUUAUUCCACCUAUGCAAUCAAGCUCAUGUACAAUGACGGUCAGGAUUUCAUAAGCGAGAACGGAACACGCCUCAAAUCACACGUUCCCGACCUCACGGCUUUUGUCGCUGGUACCGUAAUCGAACCAGGCGUCAUGCCGGCUGCUGUUCCUGUCGCUCUAUUCGGACUAUGGGCUUUGAUCAGCUCAGGCCUCUGCCUUGUCUAUGGCUUCAGGCGACGAUGGAGUGCGAUCUUGGACGGGCAUACAGUCUUCAGGCUUGGGGCCGAGUUACAACAGACGUACCGGGCGAGACUGCAACUGUAUUCUACGAUUGCUGAUAUUGAAGAGUGCGAGACUUUGCAUGAGAUUCCGGGGUUCGUUGCUGACAUGGAUCCUGAUGAUGAUGUAGGGAGGAUUGGACUUAUGGAUGGGAAGCCGGCUAGGAAGGACAAGCUUUAUCGGUAA